AUGCGCAUGACAACAGCACGGUACUCAAGAGAUUGACAUCUGCGGUCCCGCUCCUCUUUAUUGGAGAUUAUUUUAAAGGCGUUUUAUAAACUAGUCGAACGUCUGUUUUGGAAAUGGGCUACGUCGAACGCUGUGGAGGAUUUUGCUCGUUUGAGUAACGCUGAGGAGGAAGUCAUGUGGUGGUUCCAGCAGGGUCUAUGCUUCUUGCCCACCUUUCUGGUAGUCUGGACUGCAGCGGCGUUCGUCUUCGCCUACGUGACGGCAGUGGUCCUCAGACAUGUCGAUCCUCUGGUGCCUUACAUAAGCGACACAGGAACAAUGGCGCCCGAGAGGUGCUUGUUUGGCAUCAUGCUGGAUGUGUCGGCCUUUUUAGGUAUGGCCACAGUGUACGUGCGCUACAAACAAGUGGAGGCGCUAAUGAGCAGCGAUGAGGACCGGAUCGCGUACCGACUGAACCGUUUCGGGCUGCUUCUUGGCCUCUUCAGCUCCGCGGGCAUGUGCGUCGUAGCUAACUUCCAGAAGACCACGCUGUUCUCGGUUCACCUGUUGGGCGCGGCGUUGACGUUCGGUGUGGGCGCCCUCUACGUUAUGGCACAGACGGCGCUGUCGCACCGCAUGCAACCGAACGUGCACAGCAAGGCAGUGUUUCAUGUGCGGUUGGUGUUGGCGACGUGGACGCUUGGGAGUAUCGUCACCAUGUUUGUAUCGUCUGUCGCCAUGUAUGGCAGUCUGCCCGGAGUGGACGUCGCACGCAAGCUGCACUGGACGCCCGGAGAGACGGGCUACACGGCUCACAUCAUCAGCACGGUGAGUGAGUGGUCGCUGGCGUUAUCCUUCAUCAGCUUCUUCCUGACGUACAUUCGGGAUUUCCAGAAAAUCACGCUACGAGCGGAAGUGGACAUGCAGCACGGCCAUCUGUACAACAACCCGUGGCAGUUUGCCGCCGACAGAGCUCAACCCUCCGAGUCAUCGCCGCUGUUGCCGGGCGGAGACACGUAAAAGUACUCCAAACGAACACAAAUGAGCACUCUUCACUUUUUUUAAACCAUUUCUUAUGUGCACUUACACAAGCGACUAAAUGAUUUAAGAAAAUCUCAGGAAGACUGUGAAGCUCAGUGCUGAGCCUUCAAAAAAUGGGAAAUAUAAACUGUAUGCUGACUAAGAAAAAAAAUAAAACUUAAAAAGCAAAUGAAAACUAAUUUUGAGAAAAUGAUUGUCAUUACUUUUGCUUUUUCAUUAUAAACAAACCCAUUGAAAUUUCUCAUUUUAAUGGACUGAUGGUGGUCACGUAGGAUUAUUUUUUUAGCAAUUAAAAAUGAUUCACCUAAUUUAUUUAAAAAAAGUGUUUAAAUUCCAUGAAAACGUUAAAAUUUUAAUAAAAUAUACUGUAUACCAACAUAUUUGCCUAUUUUUUUGCAGAUGUUUUUAUCCAAAAUUAAUAUCUUGUGAACCUUUAAUUCUUAAUUAAAAAAUAUAAAUCCUUGUAAAAUGUAUAUUAUAGAAUCAAAUUGACUAUUCACCUAUUAACAAAUAUAAAAUGUCUUUUAAAAAAUAUAUGAAGGUUUAACAUCUUUUUAAUUAUAGGAAUAAAAACAGAUGGUGGUUUAAAAUGUACUUACGUAUCCACCUAGUUUUUCCAUUUUUUUUUUUUUUCUAUUAAUCUUUUUUUCAAUAGUAUUGCACUUUAUCCUCAUCUAUGCAGUUAUAUUGGGCAUUGAAUCCAUUUUGGUUAUAUCAUUGGUGCCCCUUAACCCCGCAGAUUUCUUUAAAAAAACUUAAAAAAAAAAAAAAAACUAAGAAAAAUAAAAGCACAAACAAAAUUCCUUCGAAGACAUUCAUAUUUUUUUAUUCAUUCAUCUUUCAAUCAUGUUUUUGGUCCCACGAGUUCAAAAUUGCAACAUUUUAACACAUAUAAUACAGAAUUCUGUGUAUAUUUGUGUCACAUACAUCCAAUAACAGCAAUAAAUAAUACAGAAAAAAAACAAGAGAAGCAGCCUUUUGUUUUUUGUGUGCAAAAUGAAAAACUGGUAAGCAGGU